AUGGACGGCAAUUCCCAAACGACGCAGCGUCGCGCCAGCGACGUACGGCCGGCCUCCGAAGAGAGGCCGGACAGUCCAUCCGUCCAGGCGCAACGGCUUGAAGAAGAGAAGCCGGACAGCCCACCCUACCAGGCGCAACCGCUUGAAGCAGUCACCAUUGGGUCGGGAGCAUCGCCUGACCAAGGUACUGAAUCGCCUAUCCAGUCACCGACAGAAACGUCCCCUGCUCUUGGAGGUGGCACGCAGGCGCAAGCGCUUGAAGUGGUCGCCAUUAGGCCAGGAGCGACGCCUGACCAAGGUACUGAAUCGCCUGUCCAGUCGGCCUUCGAAGAGAAGCCGGACAGUCCACCCUUCCAGCUUGAAAAGGCCAUCCUUGGGCCGGGACCGUCGCCUGACCAAGGUACUGAAUCGCCUGACCAGUCACCGACAGAAGCGUCCCUGGCUUUUGACAGUGACUCGGAGUUCAUGGAUGAACCCCUUGAUCGCAGAGCCUCAGCGCUGGCAGUGAUACUCAGCGGGACCCCGCAAGAGGUCGGCGAAGACGACGAGCAUGGCGUCUGGUAUUUGGACAGACAUGGCACCUGCCUCGUGGGAGCUCGCCAUCGACAUGACAAGGACGGCGGCGUAUACUUCGCCAGCUACUCGGAUGUUCUCGAGGCCAACAUCAGCACGCGGGAGGAAGCGUUGAACGAUGCCAUAGACGAUAUCUUGGGCCUCGCCUAUGACACGACAUACCCGAUUAACGCCAGACUCUUGGCCGAGUCCCAGGUAGCCGCUCUGACCCGCGCACCCGGGUCGCUCGCAAAACGUUCACAGCCUCAAGGCGAGCAAUCACGCGCGGGGCUCCCCUUCUCGCGCAGGCCCAACUCAUCCGCGCCAAGCGUGCCCCCAUGGGAGGCCUUGCGACACCCUUGGGUCCGACACCCUGGCCUCCUCCGACUGCCGACGGGUGCGGGUGACGCCCGGGGAUGGACGCAUCAGAUGGCGACAGCCGGGGACAACAAUGCGAGGCAGACAAAGGCGCGGAGGAAGACCAUGGGAACACGAGCGCUAAGGCUUGAAGGUUCAGCGCAGGAUGCGUGCGACACGCAGAUUCAGCCGUGUUGGGAGUCGAAGGAGUUGUUGGUCCUUGCGCGGGGCUCGUCGAUAUCAUCAAGCGUCAACUGUCUGCGUGACAAUGGCAACAAUUAG